AUGGUAAAAGAAGAAAGGGUCAGUGUUUGUACAGUUGCUGUUCAAGACUUUCCAGUUUUGCCUAAAUUACCACGGUCAGCGUUGGCGGCGAUGGACGAAACCGGAGAUUGCUCUAGAGAUGAUGCCAGAAACUGUCCUCGAGGACACUGGAGACCAGCAGAGGAUGAAAAACUCCGGCAACUUGUUGAACAAUAUGGUCCCCAGAAUUGGAACUCAAUUGCUGAGAAGCUCCAAGGAAGAUCAGGGAAGAGUUGCAGAUUGAGGUGGUUUAAUCAACUAGACCCAAGGAUCAACAGAAGGCCAUUUACAGAAGAAGAAGAAGAAAGGCUUCUUGCAGCUCAUCGUAUACAUGGAAACAAGUGGGCACUUAUAUCCAGGCUCUUUCCAGGUCGAACCGAUAACGCUGUGAAGAAUCAUUGGCAUGUUAUUAUGGCAAGAAAGCAAAGAGAACAAUCGAAA